CAGAGCUCCGCGGAACUGCCGGAAGUGAAGCCUGAGGCCUUGUUUAUUAUGAGGUUGGGUAUUUCGGCUGAAUGGAGUUUACUGAAUAUCAGCUUUAGCAGUAACACGACGAGUUUUUAAACUGUACAGGUUUCUUGACCCGACAGUUCCGUCUUGGUAACCGCCGGAGGCUUCGGGCUGACAAAACUCGCCCCUUGGCGAACGGGGUAAGAGACAGUGACGGCCUCGGCGCCACCAUCUUCUGAGGGACACGGGUGGCCGUCGAUGCGUGGGGGAUUAAGAUUUUAAACUUACAAUCAAGACACUAUGGAAUCUAGAACUGUGCAGAGCAAGAACCCAGCUAAUUCUGAAGAGUCUUCAGGUAUGGUGGGCUUAGAUGAACCAAAAAAGAUGACCAGGGAAGACUGGAGGAAGAAGAAAGAACUAGAAGAGCAGAGAAAGCUUGGAAAUGCACCAGCUGAAGUGGAUGAAGAAGGAAAAGAUAUCAACCCGCACAUUCCUCAGUAUAUAUCAUCUGUGCCUUGGUACAUUGAUCCUUCCAAGAGACCUACUCUCAAGCACCAAAGGCCACAACUUGAAAAGCAGAGGAAGUUCAAUUCAAUUGGAGACUGGUACAAGAAAGGUGUAAAGGACGGUUCUGUUGUCACCAAAUACAGGAGAGGUGCAUGUGAAAACUGUGGAGCAAUGACACAUGCGAAAAAGGAUUGCAUGGAAAGACCUAGGAAAGUAGGAGCAAAAUUUACAGGUGUUGACAUUGCUCCGGAUGAACACAUGCAGCCAACAUUUUCGUUUGACUACGAUGGAAAACGUGAUCGUUGGAAUGGUUAUGAUUCAGAGGAUCAUAUGAGGAUUGUGGAGGAAUAUUCAAAAGUAGAUUUGGCCAAGAGAACCCUGAAAGCUCAGAAACUGCAGGAAGAGUUGGCAUCUGGGAAGUUAGUGGACUAUGUGAACUCUUCAAGACGUCAGCGUGGAGAAGAGGAUCACGAUUCAGCAGAGAAAGACAACAGUGAAGAUGAAGAUGAAGAUAAAUAUGCAGAUGACAUUGAUAUGCCUGGACAGAACUUUGACUCCAAGAGAAGAAUUACAGUUCGGAAUCUUCGUAUUCGUGAGGACAUUGCAAAAUACUUGAGGAAUUUGGAUCCAAAUUCAGCAUAUUAUGAUCCGAAAACGAGAGCAAUGAGGGAGAAUCCCUAUUCCAACACUGGCAGAAACCCAGAUGAAGUUGGCUACGCAGGAGACAACUUUGUACGAUACACGGGUGACACAGUUAAAAUGGCCCAGACUCAAUUGUUUGCUUGGGAGGCUUAUGAGAAAGGUUCAGAGGUUCAUCUCCAAGCUGAUCCUACGAAACUUGAAGUCCUUCACCAAUCAUUCAAGGUUAAGAAAGAAGAAUUUGAGAAACAACAGAAAGGGAGCAUAUUAGAAAAGUAUGGAGGUCAGGAGCAUCUAAAUGUUCCACCACGUGAACUGCUGCUAGCUCAAACAGAGGAUUAUGUGGAAUAUUCAAGACAUGGUGCUGUCUUAAAAGGCCAAGAGAAAGCAGUUGUACGUUCGAAGUACGAAGAGGAUGUCCUGAUUGGUAACCACACAGCUGUUUGGGGUUCCUACUGGAAGGAAGGGAAAUGGGGAUAUAAGUGUUGUCACUCAUUUAUCAAAACAUCCUAUUGUACAGGAGAAGCAGGAAAACAGAUUGCGGUGGAGGAUCAAUCAGAGCUUCUAAAUGAGAUCCCCAGUUCUAUCCAGGAAGUACAUGAGAGCAUACCAAAAACUUUAGUGGAGAUUCAUAAAGAAAAACUUAAAGAAAGCAAUAAGAAAAAAAAGAAGCAUAGAAAAAGUCAUGGUUCAGACAGUGAAGAUGAAGAGGCAAAGAAGCAAGAAAAGCUGAAAAAGGCCCUGGUUGCUGAAGAAGCUCGUUUGAAGCAAGUUGAACAAAUUUUGCAAAUUGAUGAACGUAAGCGAGGUUACAACAGCAUAUAUGAAGUGAAGGAACCUACAGAAGAAGAAAUGGAGGCAUACAGAAUGAAACGUCAACGACCUGAAGAUCCAAUGGCUUCGUUCCUUGGAAAGUAAUGUAUACGACUUCUAUCAAGGCUAAAUAAUUGAAACCUGCCCAGAAACCAUGAACACCAAUGCUACAGAAGUUUUGACUUUUCUGGUCAAGUUAAAGAAAACAAAAUUCCAUUUUAACUUAUAAUGAACUCAGCAUCUUAUUUUGCAAAUGCUGUAUAUUUUGCAGAGAAUCCCCUACCUGGAGAAACUGACACUUGGUACUGUUCACCCUUCAGGAUUUGGUUUGGUUUGGCAAAUAGUUUUAAGCUGUAUAAAGGUUUGUCAUUUUAAUGUGCUUGAAUUAUUCAAUGUAUGUUUCUAGUCGGUUCUACUGAAAGCUGGCAUGGAUCUAAUGGGCCAAAUGGCUGCCUCUUUUGUUAUAAUGAUUCAUUAACAUGACUCAUACAAAGUCAUAUGCUAACACAAAGUUAAGUUUGCAAAUUCAAUUCUUGCUUUGCCAGAAGCGCUCUAACCAUAAAACUUAUUUAUAGUACUUUAUUUCUUUUCACAUUUUCUAUGUAUAAUUUUCAGCUCCAUCUUGAAUUUAAACUUUGAA